CACACAAAGGGAAGACAUAACUUGGAUCUAGGAAGACACUCCAAAAUGUUUACACCACCAUACAGGAGUUCAAGUCCAUUUUCUCUCACGGACCUCGACAUGUGGGACACCAAAUCUCGCUUUUCAGCUCAGACCUCAGCAUGGUGUGGCAUGGCAACUGUCUCUGGGACAGGGUUUCUGUCCAAAGUCAGCACAAGCACAUCUGGGAGCACUGGCGGCUUCAGACAGGAUGACCCAGGUCUUAAGAAGUGGCAGUCAUUGUCCCAUCUGGCGCUCGAGGGUGCUACACGACCAUUCCCUCCAUCUCCAGGGGCUGAAUUAAGGGCCGCUCGAAUUGAAAGUAGCUUCAGACAAGCAGAAGGGGUGCAAUGGCUGCAGGAUGCUCACGAGCGUUUAGACACUCAUAUGGACCGGCUGAGGACCAGAAAUGCAGAGUUGAGCUACAACAUAAAUACUGCACAGCUGCUUGACAUGAAACAUAAGCAGCUGUCAGAAGAGAUGGGUGCUCUUGAGCAGGAGAAGGAGGCAGCUGAAUUGUCCCAAUUUGAAAAGAGUCGGCAACGUGCAGAGCUUCGUGAAAAGGUCCUACAGCUGGAGAAGGACGUGCAGCAGAUGAGGUCCAGUUUGGGCAGAGGAAGCAAUGAUCAACCAGCUGAAAGAACUCCUGGCUCGCUCAGCAGAACAUUACCACUGAGUCAAGAAGACUUAAACAAACACGAGAGGCAGAAAGGUGACACAGAGCUGUGCAGGCUGAGAGAGGCUCUGAGAGAUGCUGAGACGAGAGCAAAGGCACAAGAGGAAGAACGAAACCAGGCGCUUCAGAAACUCCAGGCGUCUACAGAGACACAGAAGACGCUGUUGAAUCAAAUCGAGGAGAUGAACCAGAAGCUGAGCCAGACAAAAGAGAAUCACUCUGAAAUGCAAGAACAGCUGAGUGACGCUAACAACAGGAUCAGCCAAGCAUGCCUGGAAAAAGCCAUCUUGUCGACUCAAGUGCUAAAGCUGGAGGAUAAUGUAAGAGAACUGAAGGCCAAACUGACAGGGGCUCUGUCUGACAAAGAUCAACUGAUUAAGCUGAUACAUGAGCUUGAAAUCAUGAAGGAGAAGCUGAGAACUUCACAGUCUCAGCUACAGGAGGCAACAGCAGAGAGGGCCACCAACUCCAAACAGAUCACAGAUCUGGAGGCUGAACGAUCUCAGCUGAUCAGAGACAAAGACCAACUGUUGAGUAAACUUAAUGAAGGUGGCCAUGAGGAGUUGACAAAGAUGAAAGAAAAGUGCUGCCAGCUCAGGGAAUCUGUUGAAGUUUUGGAAUUAGAGAAGCAGAAUCUGCAGGAUCAGUGUCUGUGUCUGGAGUCUGAGGUUCUUGAGACGGAAGACAAGCAACACCUGCGAGAGGAAGAGCAUCGUAAACAAGAUGCAGCGAAAUUGAAGAGAAUCGAGGAGCUAAAAGCUGUGGCCUCACACUGGGCAGAGAAAUGGCAAAAGGUGGCUCUGACCCUGCAGUCCACGCAGAAAGAGUUAGACGAACUCAAAAAGAACAACUCCAAAGAUAAACUGCAAGCAGAAGCUGUGCGCCUGGCAACUGAGAAUGACAAACUCCACAAAGACGGCCAGAAAGACAAAGAGGAAAUUGAGAAACUGCGGCAACACAAAGCUAACAUGGAGACAGUGCUGACCAGAGCCAAGACUGAAUCAGACUCACUGCUGAGGGUUGAGCUUGAUGCAUGCAAACAAGAGCUGGAGCUGGAGAGGAGCAGGAGUCGGGCUCUGCUUCACAGACACAAAGAUAAAGGCGGUGAGGCCUCUGUGCACACUGAGGACACAGGGACACAAACAGACUUAUCAGAAUCCUCUUUGUUAUGGAAGCCACCAUCAGAUUCCCACAGCAGCCAAAACAAAACCCCACAGGUGUGUUUACAAAGCAGUGAGGUUCAAAGGCUGAAGCAAAAACUGUCAGACAGAGAGAAGGAACUGAGGGAAAAGGAUGAAGCUUUGAAGAGUCUAGAGAGGCUGAGAGAGACAGAAAAACACGAGGCCCAACUCAAGAUUUCUGCUCUGAAACUCAAGGCCUCUGAAGAUGACCAAGAUAAAGGAGGCCUCGCAAAUGUCUCAACCACUGACUCACUGAGGGCCCCACUGGAAGAGAGCAGGAGGAGGGUGAAGCAGCAGCAGGAGGAAACUCCGACAGUGCAGAAGCUUCAAACACUGAGGCAGCGCUACCCGGUUAAAGAUGAGAAGCCAGCUGUCUGUCCAGUGAGUGUAGAGACGGACCAGCAGAGGAGGAUGAUCACUGAGCAGUUAAAGAGUCUGUUUAAGGAGCGAGAAGGAAAGGAGGUGGGAAAGAUCGACAACAGACCAGCAGCAGGUCAGACUGGAGCCUCCUCACUACAAGACUGGUCCCACACAUCUAGAGCUGCCAGGAAUUCAGCGGACAGGAGGAGCUGGCAUCAGCAGGGCUCUGGUCUGAUGCCAGUGUUCGAGGAGGACGAGGAGGGCAGUGACUGGCCAGCAGAGGAGGCUCAAUCUGAGGAAAACUUCCACAAGCAAAGCCAACAGAUGUCAGCUAUGAACGCAGAAAUCUACAAUCUGAGGGCAAAAAAUGAGAAUCUGCUGCCAGCAAUACUAAGGCCCAAACAGCCUACCCAGGACAAGUCUCCUCACAGUUCAGAUGAGACUGACCUGCCGCAGAAGACGCCACCUUUGCUCUGUCCUGACGGAAUAUUCAUGGCUGAGCUUGUAGAUAUCUGUAGCCCUGAUGAAGAUGAAGAGGAAGGAGAGGACAAAUGAGGUGUUCUGUUAAGACUCACUCAGUUGAUACAGGGUGCUGCACCUGCCGUAUUUGUGCCUUAUAACUUAAACUGUAUGUUUGUUACUGAAAAUGAGAUUUAAGGACUAAUUUACUUCAACAAUUUAAAGACCAGAUUCUGCUAAGGCAGGGAUACUCACCUUGCUUUGCCCAGGGGCCACUUUUGCAAAAUGACAGGAGGCUAGGGGCCAGUUAAUGAAACAACAUUAAUAUUAAUUGCCUGUUUAUAACCUUUCGACCUUUGCUGUCCUCACCUAUCUUUGCCAGGAGGCAAAUCUAGCCACGGCAGCCCCACACAGGUCAGAUGUAAGUGGAAUUUGGGAAUAUUCAUGGCUCAGCCCCGAUCUCUUUCAGGAAGGCCAGGGGAUCGUCCUUAGCACUUUUAUUUUUGACAAACACGCUCUUUUUUAUGCUUUUUUUGUGCACUCUGG